AAAUUAAAUGAAGAUUAUUAUAUUUAUCUGUGUUGUGAUUGCAUUGUCAUAAGCAACUGAAGCUAUAGACCUCUUUAAUACAGUAUAUUCAAUAUAAUAGUUAGUUACCAAAAACAGAUUUUGGAAGAACAAUAUUGUAAACAGUAUAAUUAGAGUUAUCAAAUGGAUCAGCAUUAGAUUCUGUAGUUGAAUCACUAAAUGAAAUAUUGAAUUCAGCUGAAUAAGAAAAAGGAGCUAUUCAAACUAAUUUAAGAAAUAGACAAGCAUAAUGUUAAACAAGAUAAGAUGAUGCUUAAAGUGUUAUAGAUAGAGCAAAUGCAAAAAGAGCAGAUGAUGAAAGAAAAUGUAUAAAUGGAUUUUCAUAUCUUAGUGCCAUUAAUUAAUGAGGAAUUGAUUAGUAAAUAAGAAUAAGCAUUAGUAAAAGAUUCAGAAGAAUAAAGAAAUAAUGAUAAACUUGCACUUCUUACAGCAACAAGAGAAGAAUAGAAAUAAGAAUAUUAAAAUAGAAGAAAUGAAUUAACAAAUUAUGUUGCAGCUUUAGGAGAAGCAAAAUCUAUUGUUUCUGGAUUAGGUUCUGUAAGUUUCUUAUAAGUUAAUUCAAAUGAACAUUAUCUCAAAUUUAGUAUAUUGAAUUAUAAAUUAUUAUAUUAGAGGAUGCACAUCCAACACCUAGAGGUUAUGGAAUUAUGGUUGAAUUAUUAUUAAAAGCAUCAAUAUAAGCUAAAACACCUGAACAAGUAGAAAAACUUGUUGCUACAAUCUAAGGAUUAAUUGAUUCUAUCUUUGAAUUAUAAAAAUAAGAAUUAUUAGUUGAUGAUGCAAGAGAAGUGGAGUUCAUUAGAUAAAGGUAUUUUAUUAAUAUUAUUCUAAUAGAGAAAUAUUACUCUUAGCUAAUUAAACUUUAGCUGCUUCUGUUGCUUAAUUGAAAGCUUAAGUUUUACAUUUAUAAUAAGAUAUUGUUGAACUUACAAAUGAUGUUAACACUAAUAAAUAAAUUGCAUCUAUUAAAACUAAAGAACUUAAUGAUUGGAUCAAAACUUGUUAAGAUGAAGAAAAAAAUCUUAGAGCUAUUUUUGAUAGCAGGUAAUAUAUUGUAUUUAAUAAUCUAGAGUUGGAUAAGUUGAAACUGUCAAUUAAAUACUUAUUAUCUUCAAUUCAGGAUUAAGUUAAGAAUUAAGAAAAUCAAUUGCAGAAAUAUAACUAAAUUGAUAAAACAAAAUCAAUAUCAUAAAUAGGAUU